GGGGUGUUCCCUCUGGGAUGACGCGCGCCGGUGGGCGGAGCCCGCGGUGACAGGACCAGCUCCCGGAGCAGGCUCUCCUCAGUCAGUCAGUCAGGUGCUGCGGGCGGCGCGGCGGGACGAGCAGCAGAGCCGGUCACACAUAUAUCCCCCGCACCGAGUAUGUCGGUGAGCGGCGGCAGCACGAAGAGCUGGGCCCGGCUGGAGCCGCCCCCGGGGGGGAAGAUGCCGGCCUGGAAGCUGGAGGUGCUGGAGAGGAAGCGGGCGAAGAUGGCCAGCGCUGCGGCGUCCCGGGCCGGGGGCAAGGAGACGUCCCCCAGCCGCCGGACCCAGUCCCCGGAGCGGCUGGUGCUGCAGGACAGCCUGGGCCCGCUCCACGACAACCCCUUCAUCAGGCUGGAGAAGGAGCGGCGGCGCCGGCGGCCCCAGCAGCACUACCCCCCGGGCCGGUCCUCUUCCCCCAUCCGCCAGCUGCUGGACCUGUACGGCAACGUGCCCGGCAUCCGCACCAUCCGCGCCGAGAACAUCAUCAUCAUCGAGUCCGACCCGGACUACUUCAGCCAGCCCGGUGCCCACGCCGCAGACCCGGUGGAGGAGCUGAUGUCCCGGAGGGGCAGCAAGGUGGCCGAGAUCAGGGCCUCCGAGGUGGUCAUCUAUGAGCCGGAGACCCCUAGGAAGGAGCCCCCCAAGAAGGCCCCAGAGGCCCACAGGAAAGAGCCCCCGGAGCACAGCCAGGUGCUGGAGGAGGCCGGCCGGGUCAGCCGACUGCUGGAGAAGUUCGACCACGGUAAGCCGGUGAGGACCAGAAGUUGGGAGAACUUGCUGGAGCGAGACGGCAAGCCCCCCUUAUUGCCAAAGCCUCCGGCCACCGCCGAGCGGCAAGGCCAAGCCCCACAGAACCGGGUGCCCAAGCGGUCCGGAGAGACCUCCCCUUCGUCCGCCUCAUUGCUCGACGAGGAUAGCAAGCGGUUUCCUCUCAACAACCCCUCUUGGCUUCCCUCCAAGCAACCUGCUGUCCAUUCUCUGCCAGAUCCCGGCCUCUUUCAGAAAAGACCCCCCAGCCCCAUGGCUUCGCCAGGACCAACCACUCCUCUGUCCCCAUCUUCUCCCCUGUCCCCUACUUUUUACGAGGUUACCCCUGAGGAGAAAUCUUUGUCGCCCAUCGUGGCCACUGUUAGGGAGAAGUUCGAGUCGGGGCACACGGGCAACAACCUUCCCUUGCCGAAGCUGGCGAACGUUGCUCAGAAGACUGGUGGCGUCACCAUGGUCAUCAACCCAAGAGCGGGGCCAGCUAACAAGGCAAGGCCUCCUGAAAUGACAGAUGGAGGUGUAACAAGAGACUGUCCACCUCUUACAAAUGGUCACGUUGACCCCCCUGAACUAAACUCUAAGGCAGGAAGUUCCAUUAAUAUUCAAGAUCUUCUGUCCAAGAGCAAGCGACCUAGAGGUACUGCAGUCAAGCGCCCAUCGGAGGGAAGUGGUCUAGUGCCAUCUUCAUCAAAUGACCCCACUAGUGAGAUUCUCAAAGGCGCCAACACAUGGAGGCCAAAGUCUGAGGUGGACCACCUUAAAUCUAGUAUCCCUCCCAGUGCCAGUCUGUACGAAAUGUCUGUGUAUAACCACUGUGACCAGGCCUUCACCAGUGCCACUCCUAGCCAGCAAAUGAAAGUUUCGGCUUCCACCAGUAGUAAUGACUCUUUUGAGAUUAAACCUGCUCCAAAGCCGGAUCUAGGUAGCAUCCCCGAUGAUGAUAUCCAAGCAAAAACCCUUGCGAACAUCCGCUUACAAUCUAAGAACUCUUUCGUUUUUAUUCCAAAGAAGAGGCAGGUCCCUUCUGUACAGAAGAAUGAUAGUUUGGUGCAGACCACCACCAUUGAAAAGCCAAAGGAGAAAAACAGUGCUUCCACAGUUAAUGGCCCCAAAUUAGAUUGCAUGGACUCUCCUAAAAAUGGCUACUGGCCAAAUGAUGACCAUGCCUCUACGAAGCUUCAAGAAGUCACAGUGAAUGGUAAUGGAAGGUUGGAACGGACGGUUAGUCCGGUGACUCUACAAGCAUCCAGUGUACCCUCCCUCUCAGAUUUUGACUGGCAAAGUGGCCUUUUGCCGUCCAACUCAUCUACGGAACGUCAUUCAUUUACGGACCCUGGGGCCGAGUUUGAGUACAUCAGUAGUGUGCAGCAAGGAGAUGAUGCGGACGUGUUGACUGUACCGGUCACAAACUUACACGAGGACGCUGCUAAGGCGGAUAUACCCGUCACCAACAUAGAUGACAUCGUCCACAUCGAGGACCAGGAAGCAAACAAAAAGGCCAAACCGGCUUUAAAAGUCACGGACUCCCCGCAUCGGCCGCAUGCUUCCCUCUCGUCUGGCCGCAGUAAGGGGGGCAAUACGUUUACCGUUGUACCCAAGCGAAAGCCUGUUACUGAGCAGGAGGCCUUCAGGAGCCCAGUGCUGGACGAUGAUGAUGAUGACGAGGCUACGUCUAAAAGAAAAUCUUCCGACGGGUCUGAGGCUCCAUACUCCGACCUCGGGGCGCUGCUUAAAAAGCGGUAUCCAACUGUGGAAGAAAUUCAGGUCAUUGGUGGAUACCAGUCCCUGUCGAGGUCCUGCCUAAUAAAGAAUGGCUCGUCAAGAAAAAAGAUGAAGAUCUCCUUUAAUGAGCAGAACAUCCACACCAUGUUCGAGUACCCGUCCGAAAACUCGCUGGCUGAAGAGAUCGGGGAAGAGGAGGAGUCGUCCGGCUCGGAAUCGGAGGAUGAAGAUAAGCCGGCUGCUGUCUUUCUCCCGCGGCCUUCAUUUGUGAGCGGCGGUGGGGCGAGCAACAGCCUGCGGGCCAACUCUGCAAACUCGGGUCUAUCCAAUUACACCCCCAAACACUCCUUGGAGUAUAGUAAAUGGCAGGAUGAGCAGCCUCAGGGGGGCUUAUCGCCCACAGUCCGCUGUACAGACAGCGAGGACAUGCUCACCCCGGCCGACAGCAGCUCUCACACGGAUUUCCGCAGCGAGCCGGCCCUGUACUUCUGAUGGCGGAGAUGAAGGACGGUUGGACACAUCUGUAUAACGUCACUGCCCUGACAACUGUCCUCAUCCACAGUCCAUCAGGAUCUAGCAUCCGGCCGAUGCAGAAACUGAGACGUUCUGCGCAUCGCAGUCGUGUUGCAGAGGAUCCUGGGAACGCGCUCCUCGCCCUCUCGGCUCCGAGGCCCACUUGCACUUACAGAAAUGUACUAAAUUAACCUGUUGUCGCUGUGCAGCUUGAAAACUACCUGUGAUAUUGGCUAAUAUUUUUAAAUCCGCCAUAGCAAAUGUAGCGGCUUCUCCUGCUGCCCUGCUGUAGCUUUGUUGAUUAUAUUAAUUAACAAGCUGUGUGUCCAGAGAUAAAUGAGCGUUAUGUCCGAGCACCUCUUGGUGGUUGGGGUGCGGGUACUGUCUAUAUACGUUGUGCGAGUGACCCUUUUGAAAGUGCUUUUUUUUGUGUUUGACGUCUGGUCCUCUUUCUGCUGUUUUUGUACUGGCGUCCGGUUGCGGUAUGGUUAGGAAAGGGGAAUGUGGCGCCCCCCUACACCCCCAUUGUAUCAUAUUGGGGCACAGUGUUGAUGCACUGUGAGAUCUUAAUGCACAGAUCUGUACGGUGGUAAAUCUGCUUCCAUGUGUGUGCAGCAGGUAUGCAUCUCAUUGGAGCAGAGAAACUCCGAUCCUUCUUUACCCUGCAAUAAUCCGCUGUACUUUUAUAUUAACACUCCAGUGCCACACUAUGCACUCCCUUCUUAUUAACCAAUAUGUAUUUGUGUCUAUCGCUACACAAUUCUAUGCAGUGGUCAGGCUGUCCCUCCUCUGUGGUCCCAGGGGGCUGUAUGUUAUUCCGUGUACUCAGCCCAGUCUCCCGGCUAAGGUGCAAUGGGCACGGAUGUCCUGUAUUGUUCUACUCUGUUCUUAUGUGUGGAGAUGUGGCCCCCAGACUAGUAUCUUAGCAAGGGCCCCAUGGGUUCUUAAUCGGGCUUUUCAGUAUAUGAAGUUUACCUGGCACUCCAGUUCCCUUUGAUUGAGAUACUAAAGUACUGUGCACCUUGCGUCAUUGUACCAAUGUCCGUCUCUCUAUGAGAAAUGCAACCUGGGUACGCCCUCUGGACUCUGGUAGAUAGAUUGGGCUUUAGGACUGUACUCUGAAUGGAAUGAAUGCUUUGUGCAUCUAGGCCUGGCCAAUUGGAACCUUCCUGCUAUCUAUAAUAACUGGGAUCAUUGCAACUGGCUUCUGCUUGUCCUGCGUUGGCUCCGACGACGCACAGGCAGCGGUAUCCUGACUGAGCACUGUGAUGUCACCGAAGCUACUAGGAAAUACUAUCCGUGUGCUAUCCCCUCCAUGUCUGGGACUGGUCGCAAAUGUGUAGCCAGGACGCUGUCUCUGUGUCAUGUGUCUGGCAAGUGUACGCAGACCGCUUUCUACCCGCUGAUGACUUCGUUUACUGGCUUGUCCAUGCCCCUAAGCAACAUUUACUAAACACGCUUCUGUAAUGUCCUCUCCUUCUGUGCUGGGUAGCCAUGCUUUUAAAUCACUAGGCAGUGUUGUUUAUUUGCAUGGCACAGGAAAACCACACAAGGCUGCUUUAUCCCAGACCAAUAACGGUUCUCCACUACGCCUGAUGAUAUAAUUACAUGACUGAAAAAGCAAGAGAAGGAAGCCGGGCAGAUAGAGCAGAGCAUUACGUAAAAGUUGCAGUAGGCCGUUUUCAGACCAGUAAGCUGGAGCCGUCUGAAGGUGUACACGUUUGCUGACACUUGUUUUGAAGAGGGAAGUGCAGCGGUAGUUACACUUCCUCCAGCAGAGCGCACCACCAGCGUAUAUGUGUCAUCGUGUAUGUGUGAUGUAUGUUAGUUCAUGUGCUAAUUUGCAUGAGUUCUCCAGUGUAAUCUAUACCUCAUGCAAAUCCAGAGUACUGUCCUGGUGGUGACGCUCGUCUGUCCGUACUCUGGGCAGUCUACUGUCUCUAGACUGACAUUUGUCUGCGUGAUCCAGGGGAAGAAGAGACAAAGGACUCGCACCUGUAAUAUUCUAUAGCAGGUCUGGCCAACCUGUGGCUCUCCAGAUGUUGUGAAACUACACAUCCCAGCAUGCCCUGCCACAGUUAUAGCAUUCCCUAAUAGCAAAGCUGUGGCAAAGCAUGAUGGGACUUGUAGUUUUACAACAGCUGGAGAGCCACAGGUUGGCCAGGCCUGUUCUAUAGAAGCAUUUUAUGACUGCUGUGUGCACAUGCUGGUUUUAGCAAUCCCAGGUAUCUGUAUCCUAAUUCCCCUUUGCUUGAUUGCUCCUCCUUCAUCUGUCGCACAAGAUGGCUCCACACUCCAUUAGUACAGCCUGCUGGGGCAAUGCACAGCUCUCUGCAUGUGGUGAAACUACAUAUCCCAGCAUGCCCUGCCAGCUUACUCGGAUACGCAGCUUCAGCACAGGCUGAGAGGCGAUGGUUUCCUACCACUGCCCUACGCUUAUAAACCACGUACUCGAUAUUACCACAAAUGUCCUUUUGUAUGGACCUUCACAUCCUCCACAGCCAAGUCCUCCAUUUUGUCCCCUCACAUUGUCCUGUGUGAGUCCUUUGUGUUGUACAUAAAAGAAAAUAAAAAUAAAAACCACACAAAAAGUCUACUUUGCACUUGAUUUAGUAAGGUUUAUAAGAAGUAAUUAAUAGAAUUAUAUAUAUAUAUAUAUAGAGAGAGAGAUAUGAGAAAUAAUUCCUCUUAACCUGGAGCAUUCCUAUUCUGUCUUAGCCAGCUGUGGUUAUGUGGCCAAAGUCUGUAUUUUCAGUUUUCUUGUGUAAACUUGGAUUAAAUUCUGGACUAUCAAUAAUAAUUAUUAUUGUUGUUUUUGUAUUACUAUGAUCGUAGAUGAAAUCCAGGACUUUUACUGACGUUGUACCUGAAUACCGAUGGAAACACCUUAUUGAAUAAAUAUUUUCACUGCAGGAACAUUAAA